CGUUAAGUCAUGCUAAAAAUAAAGAGUAAUUAGGUUCGGAACUAGCCAAGCGGCCAUUUUCGUAGACGGUUGUCGGUGUUAUUUCUGUACAUCAUAUUUCUUCAGAAAAUUAAUCUUCUUUUCAUUGUUGAUUCUCUAAAUCCACAAAUUUUAUACUUCAAACAUUCUUACAUUGAAAAUGCACCCCUAAAACCAUAUUCUGUGUGGUUAAACUGAGAAUUCAGAACAUUUCAGUGUACUCUUUCACAACUGCAUAUUACAUCCUUAUUGUUAAAUAUAAAUAACAAUUGAAGGUACUGUGAGGUGUAACAAUGUCUAACGUUGGCUACGACCUCGAUACUUCGGGCGGGCUUAUGCCGCUGAUUCGGGCGUUGAUAAAGCCGCCCGACGAGGAUUUAAACGUGCAGAAGCCGAAGAAGCCUCAGCAUCCGUACUAUAAGAGGCCUGGGAAAGGUCACAACCACGACUCUUGCGACGCGUGCGGGGAAGGCGGCGAUCUCAUAUGCUGUGAUCGCUGCCCCGCUAGCUUCCACCUUGGGUGCUAUGACCCACCCUUGGACGAGAAUGACAUCCCAGCCGGUCUGUGGCUGUGCAAGGAGUGCCGGGCCUCAGAUGAGAACAAGCCGGCCAGCUCCCGCAGCAGCAGGGCUCAGUCACCUGCUGAUAACAAGUCUGAUACUGAGAAGAAGGCUAGCCUGCGCAACCGCACAAACUCAGCGAAGAAGAAGAGCAAGGAUGAGGAGGAGGAAGUGAAGAAGGAACCGGAGAAGGAGCUGACCCCCAUGGAGAUCCUAGUAAAGGCUGCCAAGAUCAUGAACCCCACGCAGUUCGAGCUGCCAAGAGAGAUGCGGAUACCCUGCAUAUUUCCUGGGACUGAUAAAGACCCAGGCAAGAACGGCAACGGCUCUCUAGUAAGCGUAGACGCUUGGGGCUGCGUCCCACUCCCUGCUAAGAGCUGCUUCGUGUGCCAGGCCACCUGCAAGCAUGCGCCGCUGCUGCAGUGCGACUACUGCCCGCUGCUGUUCCAUCAGGACUGCUUGGAUCCGCCCCUGACGGCGCUGCCGACGGGCCGCUGGAUGUGUCCCAACCAUGUUGAGCAAUACAUUGACUGGAAGCUAGUGAACUCGAUAUCGGCGACGGAGCGCGUGGCGCUGUGGGAGAAGUUCUCGGGGCCGGUGGACCAGCAGGCCGUCAAGGUCGACUUCAUACGCAGGGCCAAGAAGCCAAGGCCUGCCUUCCGUAUAAAGGUGCCGGUGUGUAUGCGAGGCCGCGUGUCGGUGCCAGCGAUGGUGAGGCACCACUACCGCCACCCGCCGCCGCUGCUGCCCAGUCGCCGGGAGUACGUGCGCUGCAGGAACGUUCUGAAGAACUUGAAAGAAACUGACUGCUACGACCCCACUGAAGAGGAUGAAGACGCUCCAAAACACAAGAUCUGCAUGAACCUCAGCUGCCGGGUGUACGGUGCUGAGUCAGCCCCACUGCGGGGCGUCACCGAGGAGGACGCUGCUGAUGACCUGCACGCCAUCAGCUCUGAGCACACUGCACAGGUAGACCAGCACCAGCUCUGCAGGAACCUCAGCUGCCAGGUGUACGGUGCUGAGCCAGCCCCACUGCGGGGCGUCACCGAGGAGGACGCUGCUGAUGACCUGCACGCCAUCAGCUCUGAGCACACUGCACAGGUAGACCACCAGCUCUGCAGGAACCUUAGCUGCCGGGUGUACGGUGCUGAGCCAGCCCCACUGCGGGGCGUCACCGAGGAGGACGCUGCUGACGACCUGCAUGCCAUCAGCUCUGAGCACACUGCACAGGUAGACCAGCACCAGAUCUGCAGGAACCUCAGCUGCCGGGUGUACGGUGCUGAGCCAGCCCCACUGCGGGGCGUCACCGAGGAGGACGCUGCUGACGACCUGCAUGCCAUCAGCUCUGAGCACACUGCACAGGUAGACCAGCACCAGAUCUGCAGGAACCUCAGCUGCCGGGUGUACGGUGCUGAGCCAGCCCCACUGCGGGGCGUCACCGAGGAGGACGCUGCUGACGACCUGCAUGCCAUCAGCUCUGAGCACACUGCACAGGUAGACCAGCACCAGAUCUGCAGGAACCUCAGCUGCCGGGUGUACGGUGCUGAGCCAGCCCCACUGCGGGGCGUCACCGAGGAGGACGCUGCUGAUGACCUGCACGCCAUCAGCUCUGAGCACACUGCACAGCCGGAACGCCACACAGAUUCCUCAAGUGACCUCUCAGACUCAGACUUCGAGUACCUGACAGCCUCAGUAAAGAAACGCAAGGUCUCCAGCGAAGACAAGAGUCCUCCCAAGCGAGGCAAGAGUGAGCGGCUGGAGCUGAGGCCUGAUGCGAAUGUGGAGGAACUGCUGGCUGUGGUCGAUGACCAGUUGAAGAAGUUGGAUGAGAGGCUCGUGAAGCUGUUGGCGUGGCAACGGUUGCAGCAGGUGAUAGCAGGCGAGCAGGCAGCCGGCUCAUUCCGCGGCUGCGGCAUCUCCGGUGCUGCCAAGGCGGCACUCCGCCGCUCGCUGGACCGCGCCAAGCUCGCGCGCCUCGGCCUUCUACGCCGGGCUCUGCCCUCCGAGCUGCUCUCCCGGGCUGAUCGUGCCAGAAUCGCCGCCGCCGUGUGGGGCGGACCCAGGGACCCUAGACCCGAGAGCCCCACCCCACCGACCAGCCCGGGACAUUCCCUCAGUGAUGCCAUAGUGAGGGCUACGCUCUGUGCUAUUACCAAGCCUGAUAAAAAUGGUGUGGGUUCAGGCCUAGGCCGGCCGAUCCCGAUGCGUCUGUCGUCGCUGAGCGUAGGCACUGAUAGUGGCUGCGACGUGCGGCUCGACGCCCGCGCCUGCCGCAACGUGUCGCGGCACCAUGCCGUCAUAUUCAUGGACGAGGUGAGUCGUCACUUCGAGCUGAUCAACUACUCGGAGUGGGGCACGUGCGUCAACGGUGUGCUGUACGCCUGUGACGUCACCGCGCCCGACGCGGCCCGUGACGUCACCGCUGCCGACGGGACGCGUGACGUCAGUGGUCCCGACGCAGCGCGUGACGUCACCGCGCCUGCUGACCUGCUGAGGGAUGUGGUGCGGCAUCGCAUGCGGGAGCCGCUCAAAAUAAACGGCAACCUAACCAUCCCCUUACCCGACGAGCAGCCAUGCCGCUGUCCUUCCUCCCCUCCGCUAUCAGCCGGCGCGUGGGAGGGCUCGGCGCUGGUGCCGCACGGAGCCCUGCUGCAGUUCGGCUGCCUGCCCUUCGUGUUCAGCAUCACCGACCAGGGCUUCGGGUACGAGUCCGACGCCCUAUAGCAGACGAUCAUUUAGUACUGCAGUAUGUAGUAUUCUUAGUAUAGACAUCGGCAAGGAUAUUGAGCCCUGACCUUCCCCUGCGCAGAAGUGAUUUAUUGGUUUAUUGCCUUAUGUGUACAGUGCGCAAAGCGAUUCCCACCCUUCCGCCGAGAGCUCAUUAUCCAUGCCGAUAACUAUAAGGUUGUUUAGUUUAGUUUUUAAGGGUUAAGUGUAGACCGGUUCUGUCAGGUUUAUGUAUCCUAAAGCCUUAUGACUAAACAUUAAAAAUAAAUAACGUUAAUAUUGAAAUAGUUGUUGUUAUUGAUUGUGGUUUAUCCUAUGCAAUAUUAACUCCUUCUGUGUGGCUUUCAGGCCAAAAUUACUAUGCUAAAAUAAGCUUUUUUCCAUGGAGCAAGGAUACUUUUUACCCAGGUGUGGGAAUUAGUUCCCUCUGGACAAAUUUACAAAAUACUGCUAAAAUAUACGUCAGAUUUAGAACUGUCUACACUUAACUAAUACUUAUACAUUGGUUAUAUCAAUGCACUGUUUACUCUUAACUUAAUUAUAAUUGUAUCGUUAUGUGUAAUGCAAUGUUUUAAGUAUAACAACGUUCAUGUAAUAUUAUGUUGUAUACAACGGUUGGUUUUAGCUAUAUAAAUAUACACUAGAAACUUUGUUCAAUUUAUUCAAUUCUGGAUAUGUUAAGUAAUGGUUGUUAUGGAUCCCGGCUGACAUUAGAAUAUCAUUGAUAGUCGGAAACUGAAAAGUCUGCAACCAGUAUUGCCAAGGAUUAUCGGGUUGAGGAGGUCAGAUAGGCAGUCGGAUAUCGUUUUUUAUAAAUCUAAUAGUAGGGGAGGCGAGAGUGCUAAAUCGGGAGUGACUCGAGCGUCAAUGAGACCUAUUAGAUUGCGAAGCUUAGAUGAUAAGAAGAAAAAAAUGUCCUGACAUACACACACUUCCAUCGGUGGGUGGAGCGGCUAUAAACUUUCAAAAAUGUAAAAAAAAACAGUUGCAUGGACAUACUCGAGCGCGUCAGAUAUUAAUAGCAUGCACGUUCUACGUCAUUUUGAAAACAUACGUAUAUUAAUCUGACUGUUUCCAUGGUGGGGGUGGUAGUAGGUAAGGGUUAAAAAUGGGAAAAAAAAUAAUUUUAUCGAGCGCGUCAGAUUACCAAAAGGGGUGUUAAGUGAACCAAAACGAAGGCUCUUAUGCAAUAAUCUGACGAUUUAGACGUGACCUAAACUCGUGGCCAUUACUUGAAAUUGCAAAAAAAAAUCGCCAUUUUGAAAUACUCGAGCGCGUCAGAUUAAGAUAUAUAUGGUUCAUUUAUGUACCCUUAACGUAAUCAUCUUAUAAUCUGACGAUUAUCUGGAGGAAUUCGCUUAAUCUGACAAUGGAAAGGUUUUUUGCAAACCUUUUAACAAAUUGAAGAACUGAAAAAAUUGCAAGUAAAUAAACCAGUAUGUACCUAUUCUUUGAAGUACAAAACUUUUAUUUAUAAGCAAAUAAGUAUGAAAAACAUAUAAAGGACAAUGGACACAAAUAUACGGAACCUCGUACACUCCACCAAUAGCAAUGUCAUACAUAUCAUUGUAUAGGCCUUUUUAUCUAGAACAACCUUUAAUAUGACAGCUUUGUUGUCGUUUGCCCGUCCUGAGAUAUAGAUCAAAAAGUGUGUAAAAGUUAAAACUAAAUAAUCCAUUGAUAUCUCAUGUUUUUAAAGGAAUAUCUAAGUGCUACUACGAGUAUGUCUUCUAAGUACUACUUGCUGUGCCCGUUAGGGUUCAUAAUUGUUACUAUAAUUUUGCAUUUCAACCUUAUACUGUACCAACUGGAUAUUGGGCGUAAUGAUAAACCCCACCAAUAGCAAAGUCAAAUACAUCGUUGGAUAGGUCUUUUCAACUAUGACAGCUUUGUUCUAAUGUUUGUCCGUUCUGAGAUAUAGAUAAAAACAAAUUAAAACUAAUAAUAAAUUGAUUAUUAUUAGUUUUAAUUUAACUGUAACCUAAUUUUCUUUGAAAAAUUAACACCAAUGUCGAUGUUGAUGAAAUAAUCUGCCUAGCCUUUUUCCCAGCUAUUUUCAUACAAAAAAAAUACGUAUAAAUUUGACUUAAUUUAUUAGUUUAAAACCAUCCAGUAGAGUUGCGCGUUGCCACUCUUGCAGAACAGAUAGAAAGAGAUAGCAGUUGCUUUCAUUGAUGAAGCGACACUACGCGCGUAAUUUGUGAACCACGUUAUGCAGAGUAGAGCCAAUGUUAACCGGAUGACUAGGCCACCACGACCUGUAUAAAAAAGGCGAAGUAUACGAAACGGCAUUUCUCGGUAUCACGAUAGACAAACAAUGCAACUGGAAGGCACACGUAUUUAACAAAAGUACCUAUCCAAUAAAAUGAAUCGUCUUCGUUAAAAACAAUAUAUCUGCAUGCAUACCAUGACCAGUAACUUCCUGAGAUUAGCGAGUUCAAACAAAAAAACUCUUCAGCUUUAUAAUAUUAGUGUAGAUUAUUUAAGACCCAAAAUGUACUAACACUUAUUGCAAAUGAAUUGAA